AUGGCUGACUUAUGGGACAGGUCCAUUCUCGGUAUCAACUUUGGACAAUCUUACGCCUCCAUCGCUGUCAUUGACAAGGAGGGUCACCCAACUUGUAUCGCCAACGAAGAAGGAGAGAGACAAAUCGCUUGUGCUAUCUCAUAUGUCGGCGAACAAGUUUACAUCGGUAACGGUGCUUUACCUCACUUGGUGAAAAAUGGUAACAAUACAAUUAUGGGCUUCAGAAAUCUGCUAGGUCACACCUAUGAUGAAGUAGAUCACACCACCAUCUUGACUGCACCUUUACUUGCCGAUUCCUCAGUCCCCGCCUACACUGUUGAUAUUCUCGUACCACCACCAGCAACAAAAUCAGCGUCUAAUCCCAGAUCAGCAGCUGCAUCAGGUACAGCUACACCUAAUCCAGCUGCAUCAGAACCUAUUCCUUCAACUAAAACAAUCACUGUACCAGAAGUGACUUCAUUAUUCCUUUCAACCCUUUUGACUUCAGCAACCGAUUUCUUGGGUACAAAACCUUCCGCAUGUGUCAUCUCAGCUCCCACAUGGUUCACACCCGCUCAACACGACGCUCUUAGAAAGGCAGCAGAAGAAGCUGGUAUCUCAGUUCUACAAGUCUUGGAUGAAGCCGCAGCUGUAUUAGUCGGUUACAGAGCUGGAAAUGCAGGUGAAGAAGAAAGAAGAGAUAAAAGAGUCGUCGUUUUAGAUAUGGGUGAAACCAGUUUAGCUAUCUCAGUCGUACAAGUCUCAGAAGGUGAAUAUACCGUUUUAAACAAAGGUAGAGAUGAUAAAUUAGGUGGAAGAGAAUUCGACGAUUUACUGCUCAAACACUUCUCUAAAGAAUUCACCAAGAAAACCAAAAUAGCUCUUGACUUGCCUUGUGGACCAGAUGCUUCACCUGCCGACAAGCGAGCCGACGCCAAGCUUCUCCUUGCUGUUGAACAUACCAAACGAUCAUUAUCCGCUUCUUCCGGAGCUGCUACUUGUGCUGUUGAAUCUUUGAAGGAUGGUUAUGAUUUAUCAACUUCUAUCAACCGAAUGAGAUUCGAUGGAUUAGCUUCAAAUGUCUACAGACAAGUUGGAAACAAACUCAUUGAAUUCGUUCAAGCCGCAGGAUUAGAUUUGGCUGAAAUUGACGAAGUCUUAUUAGCUGGUGCAUCAACUUUAUUCCCUGGAUUACAACAACAUUUAUCAUUAUUGGUAUCGCCAACUACACCAGUCACAAGUACCAUUGAUCCAUCCGAAGUUAUCGCUGUUGGAUGUGCUUUACAAGCCCUUCAUCUAUCAACCCUCAAAGAUGGUUUGAAAGUAACAGACGUUCUUUCUUCGAUCAAAGACAAAGUAGAUGUCACUUCUUCACCUAUCGGUUUAGUCAUUCCUGGACAAGAUGAGAUCUCAGCUGUCAUAGUAGAUUCAGGUGCACCUUUACCAGUUAGAAGGAGAGUCGCAAUUCCCGUAAAGAAGGGUAACGUAGCUUUGGAAUUAUGGGAAGGUAAACAUGAAGUCAAGGUUGAAAAAGUCGAAAGAGCGCCCAUCGAGAAAUCGGACGAUGACGAUGAAGAUGAAGAUGACGAAGAAGAGGAAGAUGAAGAAACCAAAACUCCCAUCACAAAGAAAACUAAAGUUUUAGGUGGUGUACAAGUUGACAUCAAAGGUGAUGGUCAAUUGAUUCUCGAAGUCAUCGUUCAACGAAAUGGUGGCUUACAAGUGAAAGCUUGGGAACAAGGUCACGAAGACAACAAAGAUGAAUUCGAGGUAUAG